UAUGAACAUUAUAUUCUAUACGAGUAGUCAUGGUCAUGCGUCAAACUCACAGUUAAUAACGUCAACAAGACGUGACAAGACGCUAUCCCUAUUUCCUACUUCAUAAAAAUACAUUAUUCAGUUAUCUGUGCCAUCCGGCGGACUACGACGUACCGUGCUAGUGAAUUGUGAAUUAGAAUACCGGUUUUCGGUCAAAGACUCUACAAUUUUACUUUAUUAAAACGUUUUCUGCUCUAUAUUUAUGGUUAUUGUUUUGAAAAAGUGCCAUAGAAAUGGAUUUAACCGUUGACGAGUACAUUGAGGGCCUGUUCUCUGAUGAAGCAUUUAAGCAGCCUUCAGAUACCAAAAAGCCCGAAGACCUUGAUAUAACUAUACCGGAAUGGUACGAUGAAAUAAAAUACAGCAAGGCACGUCGAUUCUACUGGGACAACUGCUUCCAAUUGACGUCAUCCAUGCUGUUGGGCCUGGUCGCCGUGUUCGCGGUGCCCUCCAUCCUGCGAGUGCUGGUCAGCACGCGGCGGUCCAACUCCACCUUCACGGCGUACAAGAGAUACCUCUCCACUCUGUUGCACGUCGUGUCCUGGUUCGAGAAUGAGUUGACACCUGGCAGCAUAUCAUGGAGAUCACUGCUAGCAGUUCGCACACGACACGCCAAAGCCAGCGUCUCCGCUAACCUGAAAGGUCAGGGAAUCGUAUCGCAACGUGACCUAGCCCUCACUCAGUUCGGCUUUGUCGGCUUUACCAUCCUUAAGCCAGAGAAAUUCGGUCUGCAUGAGAUCGAGGAGAGCGAUUGGGAAGCAUACAACCACUUCUGGAGUAUUGUUGGAAGCGCCAUCGGUUUGGAAGACAGGUACAAUAUAUGCCGAAAGAACAUCCAAGAAACUCGGGAAGUUUGUCAAAUUCUUCUCCAUAGAGUUUGGACGCCGUGCUUGGAGAAUGUGCCCGAAUACUUCGAGCACAUGGCUCGGGUGUUGUUGGACGGGUUGUGGUGCGUCAACCCGACCAUCCACCUCGACUCCAUGAUAUACUGGACCAAGUACAUGUGCGACGUGCCCGGGUAUGUUUACACUGAGGCUGAUAGACUGAAGUUGCAAGAAAGGAUUAGAGAACAGUUGAAAGGCAGAUCGGAAGACACUGGUGUGGACAGUGCAAGUUUAAUAGCAAAAGCGCCAUUCGAACUGCCCAACAACCCGCCUCGUUUGUUAUACCUCCAUGACUACGACAAACUAGAAACAGUGCCAGCAUACAAAAGACUUCCGUUCCCAGCGAAAUACAAAAUUGGCCUCAAAGCGAGAAUCGUCGCACUCUACAGAACAUACUUAGGCCGUUUAUACUUCAAUAUGCAAUAUAGGUUUAGUUUACUUCUCAUGAAGUACUUCCCGUAUAUGGCAUUCUUUAGAUUCGGCGUAUUCCAAUCGUACGUGAACAUUUUUGUGGAAGAUCCGAUCGACAACGAAGAGCUGAAGCCGAAUUCUUAUUAUUACCAACCGCGACCUUCUCCGCCGUUGUAUAAGGAAAUAUUGUCUCUAAUAUGGUGACCUACGAAUGUGUUGCUUUGAAUGAAUAAAAAAAUAUAAAAAAUGGACUACGAUAGCCUCAUCCCCAUUCUAUGAAGGCUACAAGCUUCUACUAUAAAAUGAAAUUCUAGUAUAUCUAGCUAUCUGCUCUCGUUCAAAACUAGGUAUAAUUAUAAGUGCAUAUCAAGUGGUCUGUCUACUAAAAUAUACCAAUAUGACAUAUCACGGACGAGAUUAUGAAUCAAGAAAAUCAGUCCAAAAAAUUUAUGAAGUAUGGCUUAAGCCGGAUUUAUAUUUGUCUGACGUGUCGUGUCGUGACGCAUCAGAACAGAAUCGGUAUCCAUACAUUUGUAUGAAGCCAUCGCUACAUGUCACAACACAUAAGUGUUAUCGUUGCCAUAUAAAAUGUAUGAUACCGAUUCUGUUCUGAUGAGUCACGACACGACACGACAGACAAAUAUAAAUCCGGCUUUAUGCAGAACAGUAUUACGACUAUGUAGAGUUUAUGUUUAUAUAAACGUUAGCUGUUAUUAAGAUAUUUUAGUUUUAUAUUUAUAUUAUUAAUAAAGAUUAUUAUUUAAAAAAUGUCAGUAUUAUUAAAUAGGUAUAUUUCUUACCUUUUUGAUCAAAGCUGAAGAAAAUCUGAAGAAUGGUUUAGAGAUAAACUACGAUUGGAAAUAAAUAGAAUAGAUUGCAUCUUAACUUUGAUUUAAAAAUCUUUAAAUAGUUUCAAAAACUUAAAAACACGCUUUUAACACGCACUAAAAAUUACAAAUAUUGGAUUUAA